AGUUACAAGGUCGGAUACCUUACAAGUAUCAACCAAUAUUAACCAAUUUGAAAAGGCUCUUAAAUGUUUGGUUUUGGCAUGGAAAGCUAAGAUAAUCAUCCGUAAAACGAUUAAUGUUGUUGAAAAAACAUGUGAUGAUGAUUUCUUGGAAGAUUUGCAAGAAGCUGGUGCCC